GGUCAUGAAAAGUUGUCCACUUUCACAGCGUUUUGACAUUUAAGGAGUCUACUGAGCUUGAAUGUUUUUGUUAACUUUCCUUUUCUUCUUCGACUAAAGCUCUUCUCACAGCCAGCUGCUUUCUACCCUUUUAAUGCAAAACCCCACCGCUUACAAAACCCAUUGAAUCAUCUUCAUUGGUCUAAAAGCUUGGUUUUUAUAGCGCAUUUAUGGGUUUUAUGAAACCCCAUUUCACCUCUGUUGCUUGCUUUCUUCAGACGCUCGUGUCUUGAAGUGCCGUAUCAUCAUCGCUUUCUGGUCACUCACAAAAGCUCUGUUUCUGUUGCUUGUUUGUUUAUGAUAUGCUGUUUCAAGACACUGAAAACGGUGCCAAAAUGCUGCAAAACAUAGAGAUGCCACUGCACAAGUGUUCCCUGAGCUUUGUAGAGAUGGUCAAGGAUACUAUUGAGGAAGAACAGUUGGAUAACUCCUUUGAAGCUUCGAAUCGUACGAAGCUGGACGGGAGCUACUUCGACGAAUCCGUGAAGACAAAGACGAAGAACUUCCCGAAAACUAACAUACACUUCUCUCUUAAACAUGAGAUUCUUCAGCUUGAACAGAGAUUGCAAGACCAGUUCAAGGUUCGCACUGCACUCGAAAAUGCAUUGGGAUAUAGAUCGUCUUCACAAGACAACACGAACGACAUCGAAGUACCAAAGCCUGCCACUGAAUUGAUAAAAGAGAUUGCAAUAUUGGAACUGGAAGUUUCACAUUUAGAACAAUAUCUUCUGUCUUUGUAUCGAAAAGCAUUUGAUGGACAAAUAUCCUCUACAUCUCCUACCACCGUCGACGAAAAACUAAAAUCGCCUAAGAACUCCCCGAAAGCCAAGUAUAUUGCGAAUUGCGUACCUGACAUUACGUCGAAAAAAGAAGACAAAGCUGUUCAGUCUGGCUAUGAUUCUUUUGGAAAGCCUAUGAAGGAAUAUAGGGGAAUUUGUGAAGACAAGCUGUUGGACUCCAGCGUUCGUCGUUGUCAGUCAUCGCUAUCACAUUAUUCGGUUUGUUCAAAGAGAACUUCUCUUCCAGAAGAUUUUUUGGGACAAGAUGUACGACCUUGUCUCUCCCAGCCAACGUCCAUGGUCGAGUUUGCUCAGAAUGCUUCAUCCAAUCUAACCAGUCUAGCAGAGUACCUCGGUGCUCAAGUUCUCGACCAUACUCCCGAGAACGCCAAUCGUCUUUCUGAAGACAUGGUCAAGUGCAUAUCAGCCAUAUAUUGCAAACUUUCAGAUCCUCCUUCAUCACAUCAUGGUCUUUCCUCUCCAGUUUCAUCGUCGUCACCAACCAGCGCAUUCUCUCCGCAGGAUCAGUACGACAUGUUGAGUCCCGGGUUCAGAAACAAUCCAUCUUUUGAUCCACGGUUGGAUAAUCCUUUUCACGUCGAAGGUCUCAAAGAGUUCAGUGGCCCGUAUAGCACAAUGGUUGAAGUGCCAUGGAUCUAUAGGGAUAGUCAGAAAUUGAUCGAAAGCGAACACUUGUUACAAGAUUUCAGGUCGCUUAUAUCCAAGUUAGAGGAAGUCGAUCCAAGGAAGUUGAAUCAUGAGGAAAAGCUAGCAUUUUGGAUCAACGUACACAAUUCUCUGAUGAUGCAUGCAUACUUGGCUUAUGGUGUACCACAAAACAAUAUGAAGAAGGUCUUUGUUCACUUGAAGGCUGCAUAUAACAUAGGAGGUCAAACAAUUAGUGUCCACACGAUACAAAGUUCGAUACUUGGAUGCCGAAUGCCUCGGCCUGGACAGUGGCUCUCUCUUCUUAUUCCCUCGAAGUCGAGAUUCAAAAGCGGAGAUAAACGACAAGCGUACAAAAUCCACCGGUCGGAACCCCUUUUACAUUUUGCACUUUCUACAGGCUGCCAUUCUGAUCCUGCGGUUCGUGUAUACACUCCCAAAACAGUCCUACAGGAGCUAGAGACAGCAAAAGACGAAUACAUUCGAGCGACAUUCGGCAUACGCAAGGACAAAAAAGUCAUUUUACCCAAGAUCAUCGAGUUAUUUGCAAAAGAAUCAAGCUUGUGCACAGCUGGUAUGAUGGAAAUGAUCCAAAAGUCUUUGCCUGAAUCUCUUAGAAAAAGUGUUUCGAAAUAUCAAAACGGGAAGUCUCGCAAGAACGUCGAAUGGAUGUCGCACGACUUCAGUUUUCGGUAUUUGAUAUCCAGGGAAAUGGUGAACUGACACAGCAGCUGCUUAAAUGAUGCUCUCAUGAACUGAUCCCCUUGAAUGGUUUAGAGACAAUAGAAGGGUUACAUAUUUUCUUCCUUCUGUACAUACCACAGUCCACUAAACCGAGCGGCGCGGAGAGCAGCAAAAGGGCAGCAUCCUGAGGCAUUCUCUACCUUCUACAUUUUGUAAUCUUCUCAAUGUUGUGUGUGUUGAUACCAUCUAGGAUUUCAUAUUUUUUGUUGUAAAUAAAUUUGAGUUUGAAGCUCAGUUCGUUUGUGAUAAAUAGUUAGU